AAACUGAAGAACAGUCAUGAAUUUAUAGGUAACAUACCAUUGAAAAACGGUCUAAACACUAACAGACACAGUAAACUUUUAGCUAACAUUUGAAGUUUUUAUAACUUGUAUGCAACUGUCUUCCUGAAGCUCCUUUGUACCUGUGUCUGCAAUUGCUUGUUCAUUAAACAAUGCUCUGUAUCCUCAACAUUCCGGGGUCCUCUAUGCCAUUAAAAAUCUGUUUGAUUUCAGUGCCAUUUUCGUAUGUGGACUGCUUUUUCGUCUCCAUUCGAACGCUGUCGUAACGAUAAAAUUCAUUUUCACCUAGGGUUUCAGUACAGAAAAUUCUUUCUUUGACGUGGACAUAUGUGACCCGCGUUUUCACGUGUUCUACUCGUCAUCUCCUUGCGACGGGAGUCUUACGCCAAAAUAGACACAAAGUUCUGGGAAGUAACGGAUAAAUGUGAUCUAAAUAAACAAGAUAAUAUUUCUUAAUAACGUUUGACCAAAUUCAUCGUAAUUUCAUUUGCCAGAAUUUCAUUUCAUCUACCACGGGUUCAAGGGCACAAAUUCUAUAUAAAUAUUGGUUGGGGGGGAAAGAGUUUGAGCAUUUAAUCUGAGGGUGGUGGGUAUAUGCUGGAGUGGUGCUCUGUUGGAUUUUUUUCUCCAGUGUUUCGCUGCUCGGGGCUUUUCAAAUCACAAAAAAAGGCUUGACAUAGUCGAGAAGUCGGAAGACAUGGAAGAAGUUCACGCUAAAUCGGACAUGAAUGAAGAGACAACAACUGUAGUGUAUUUGUCGAGCCUCCUAAAUCAUGAAGAUGAUGUGCUUACUCAUAAAUGUGAUAAAAGAUGUCGUAUUGAGCAUGUUUGGGCAAAUAUUUAUCGGUGCAAAUUAACAGGAAGCACACACAUUUGUGAUAAAAAUUGUAAUCAGAGAAUUGUUUAUGAUAACUACAGCUGUGUAUGCAGAGUAAGUGGUCAGGUUUUCCCUCUAACACCAGCAGAACAACUUGCGGUAAGAGGGAUUGUUCGGAGGAGGGUGGAGGCAGAUCCUGCCGAAGCCUGCGCUCCCAAACGAAGAAGACGGGAUGGGAUGAUAAAUUCAUCGCCUUUUGAGCGAUCAUUUUCUUUUGUUCCGUCUAUCUGCAACCCUGCAGUAGAUAGCAUGGACAUUAGUUGAUUUAGAAACUGAAUAAUUUCUUGGCUGUUUGCUUGGAUAACUUUUUUUUAUGGCUCAGGAAAAUGUCCUGAAAGGUCUUUUUAGAAGAUGGGGGGGGGGAAAUGUUGCUGAUAAUUGAGACUUUCUUGAAACUUGUUUAAACAGUUUCCUCUUGUUGGCAAGAUUUAUGCAAGGAGGAAUUUUGUAACUAUUUUUCUGUUAUACCCGUUCAAAAGAUUUUGCCGAUCUCCUUAAUCAAAGUUCCUAUUAGUAAUCCAAGUCGUGCCUUAUUGUUUUGCAUUUUAAGUAGUACCAAUAGUACAGCGACUGCCUCAAAGAUCUAGAUCUAAAUACAGUAGCAUACUGUUUUAUGUGUGCUUCAAUGGUUGUACUAACCAGUGCAUUUGGAUUUUAAAAGUAAACUGAUGCUCUGUGUCAAAACACUUUUCUUUAGCACAAGCUGUUAUGGAAUUAUUUCGCCUUUGUAUUCAUACAGGAAUCCAAGUUUUGCAUCUUCAGGAGGAUCAAAGCUACCCUGUUUUUCCCCAAAGAAAUGCUUCUUUCGCAUGUUAAAUAUUACCAAUAGGAGGGCGAUUGUUUCACAGAUCUAGAUGUGAUUACAGUAGCAUACUAUUUUAUGUGUGCCUCAAUGGUUUACAUCUGAAAUGUAUUAACCAAUUUAUGCUAAGCAGGUGAUUUUAGAUGUGAAAAAUAAUAUGAUGCAUUUGUCAAUCUACUUUUCCUUGGCACAAGCUGUUACGGAAUUAUUGAAUUUUUUGUGUUCCGACAGGAAUCCAAGUUUCGCAUCUACGAGAGAAUCAGAGCUGCUCUGUUUUUUUCCAAAGAAAUAAUUCUAUAGAGGCUUUUCGGUUUACUGACAAGAUUGUUUUUAAAGUUGUCAGGAAAUUUGGCAGGCCUUCGUGGUUACUCUAGCCAAUAGAUUAUAUUUAUCAAGCCACAUAAAAUAAUGGAGUGGUGUCAAGAUCUUUUAUCAUAUUUAUAUUGAACAUAUCUGAGUUUCUAGUUUAUGGCCUACUGCUGAUCUCUCGUAUGUGAUUGUGGCAGGCAGACAAAGUGCAGAUGGUUGUUGUACUGUGCAGUGCUGAUCAUAUUUAUGUCACUUGCAACUAAUGAAAUGAAAUGAUUCUAAUUGCUCUCUCAAUCAGACAACCAAAUGGAGCUGAAAUUUGCAGACAGAGUUACUUGGCUAUAAAGGGGAGGACAACACAUUGCAUUGCGAUUGGAUUUGAUGAUGUCAUUUAGUGUGAGAGAUCUUGAUCUGAGCUAUAGAUUGUAAAUAUCUGGGGCUUUUCUUCUGUGGUCACACUGCUCAGAACUGCGGUUUUCAUUGUGCGUUUGAAAACUGGAAGUGCCUCCCACUAUUUGAAAUCUCUGAUUGGUUGUUCAAGAAGAUGUUUGUUUUGAUAGCAAAAAUGAUUCGAAAAUAUUGCCUAGAAACAUUUUCUACACCAUCAUGUGGAGGUAUAGUGUGAGUUAAAAGUUUAGUUGGAUGGAUAGCAGCAGCAUCAUUCGGCGUCACAAUCUGUGAAACUUUUCUUUUCAUUUGGAAAGAAAAAUCUUCGUACGGUCAUAUAUAGAAAACAAAUUUUGCAUUUUCAUUAUUUCUUAAUUUUAAUAGGCAAGACGUACUCUCUAUAGCAUAUGCUACGUACACGGAUUAAGGACUUUUGUAACGGUUGGUAUUCUGGACUACUUCCACCCCUAAAGGUGGUUCCAUCGAAUGCAAAAACACCAAUUAUUUGAAUAUUUUUUA